GAAAUGAGCUUCAAAAGUGAAAAAAUCUUCACUCACUCUCUCUCUACUAACAUUUGGGAAAGAAGUAGCGCUCAAUUGGUCGAACCUCAGUUUUAGAUGCUGAGUUUGGUGCACUCUGUGGCGACUCUUACUAUAGGAUUGCAGUCAGUUGAACUUGGGAAGAACCGGUAUCAGUGUCUCGUGAGAUGUGCUGCUAGAGGUCCUCGACCAAGGUCUCCUCGCGUAUGGAAAACCCAAAGGAAGAUAGGGACGAUUUCAAAGUCCAUCAAGCUCGUUGAAUGUAUUAAGGGAUUAUCAAAUGUCAAAGAGGAAGUAUACGGGGCACUUGAUUCCUUCAUUGCUUGGGAAUUAGAAUUUCCCUUGGUUACAGUGAAGAAAGCUUUAAAAAGCCUCGAGUUUGAAAAGGAGUGGAAGAGGAUAAUUCAGGUGACAAAAUGGAUGCUAAGCAAAGGACAAGGGAGAACAAUGGGAAGCUAUUACGCUUUGCUGAAUGCUUUGGCUGAGGAUGGAAGGAUCGAUGAGGCUGAAGAGCUGUGGCGGACUUUAUUUUCUCAGAACUUGGAAAGUAUGCCUCGUAUGUUCUUUGAUAGGAUGAUUUCUAUCUACUAUCAUAGAGAAAUGCAUGAUAAGAUGUUCGAGAUAUUUGCUGACAUGGAAGAGCUUGGUAUUCGGCCAACUGUACCAAUUGUUACGAUGGUUGGAGACGUUUUCAAAAAGCUCGACAUGCUGGACAAAUGCGAAAAGUUGAAGAAGAAGUACCCUCCACCAAAAUGGGAAUACCGAUAUAUCAAAGGUAAGCGCAUCAAGAUCAGAACGAAAGACAAUGUACAAUCAGGUACGGACAAUCAGGUAAAUAAUUCCGCAACAGAGCCUAGUAGUGAUCCAUAUGAAGUGCAAGAGAAUGAAGAGUCUGAAAUUGACGAUGUUGUUGAGGAAGAUAAUUCGUAUGUGUCUGAAAAUGACGAGUCCCCUAAAACAGAUUGAUAACUGUCUUUUCGUCAUAUCCUAUAGUUACUUCCUUUCUUGAAUCGGUUGUUUAUAUAUUUCCAAUUAGAGGGUGUCUGAAUAGAGAUGCUACGAAAAUUAGUCGAUUAUGAUGUCUCGUAGAUGGGUAGUUUUGCACUAUAAUCUACACACAAUCACGCACACAUACAUGUGGGUGUGUGUAAAGCGGGUAGCAUCUAACAAACAAGUCUUGUAAGGACUUGUGAAACCUUAGUUGACCAAGCCCUAGAAGAAACAAAAUUUAGGGGUUGUGGGCCCAUGGAAUAUUCUUGUAGUCUUAAAAAAAUGAAAAUAUUGGUUGUCUGAA